CACAUCGCCAAGGCUGUGACAUCACAAGCCUGGGCUGCUGCCCGGAGCCAGCCCGGCCCAUUCCCGAGGGAAAUGCCCAAUCCUGGCCUUUUCCCCGUGCCCCUGCCCCGUGCCCGUGGCACCUGAGCCCGGCCCGGGGGCUCUGCCCCAGGAUGGCAGCGCGGCACGACCCCAAAGCCGUGGCAAAGCUCAUCUCCUUUGGGACAACUCAAGAUCGGAAAAUGUUCCCCCACCACUUUGCCCCGGACAGGCUGGGCAUUGAGGUGCUCGGGGUGCGGGGCAGCCCCUUCCUGGGGCCAGGCUCUUACCUGGGGCCAGAGAACAUCCUCAAAUCCUCCACGAGCACCCGGCCCAUGAGCACCCGGGGGUACGUGAUGGGAGCCAGGACAGCCCCGCGCUUCCAGAAGAAGGCUCAGACCGUGACUCCCGGUCCCGCUGCCUACGGGCCCUUCCCGGUGGGGCCCGGCCCGGCCCGGCCCGGCCCGGUUCCCUUCUCCUCCAGCAGCCCCCGAUUCCCGAACCGCCUCCGGGACAAGGACCUGUACCCCGGGCCGGGCACUUACGACAUCCAGGAGCCUUUCACCAAAAAAGUCACUUGGCCAAUGAAAUUUGGGGCUCCGGACUGGGCCAAGGUGCCAAAACCGGCCCAGAGGAUGGUGAAGGUGCAGGUGCAGAAGAUGACUGUGGAUAAAAAAUUCCAUAAAAAUCAGGGCAGAGAGGCGUACCUGAAGUUGUACCACAGCUGAGGGGAAAUAUCUUUAUUUGGAGAAAUAUCUUUAUUAUUCCACCUGCAGCACCAGGCUGAAUAAAUUCAGUAUUUUAAA